AUGAGAAGAGGAAGUGGUGCAGCAGAGGUGGAUCCAUUUUUGGUGGUGAGGAAUGCUGUCUAUUUUAUUGUGUCGAACAGGGAUCAGUUAACAAUUUCUCAGCUUCUGACUUGGUUACGUCAGCAAUCUCAGCUUUAUUUCCUAAAUAUUAAAAAGCUUCUUGAGAUUCUAAAGCAUUAUUCAAAUUACUUUUAUCUUACGUAUCCUGGUACAUGUAUUUCACAAAUUCAAGUCAGAUUGGCAUUUGAGUUGAAAAUAUGUGAGCAACCUACGAAGUGCAGAGGUUACCCUGGAUGUAAAGAUCUGCAUAUCUGUGUAUACUUCAUUCGAAACAAGUGCAGGAAAGAUUCAACCGAGUGUCCUUACGGACACAACUUGCAUUCUCAACAGAAUUUUCAGAUUCUGCGAGAUUGCUGCUUAGAGCAAAUUAACCCAGCUGUUGUCAAAGAAUGGAUCCAUAAUUGCCAAAGCAGGAGAUGGAGAGCUUCUAGACCACCAAAAGUUUGUACAUACUACAACUCGAAGAGAGGAUGCAUAAAAAACGAAAAAUGUACAUUUCUACACCUUUGCAUUCAUUUUGUCAAAGGAAGUUGUAAAUAUGGUGACAAGUGUAGAAAGAGCCAUGAACUCUUUUUAAAAAGGAACACGGAAAUACUCAGAGAUCAUGGAAUCGAUUUGCGAUGUGAUCAACAUCAAAUCCUGGAUAUGCUCUCUGAAAGAACAACACAGUAUGAAAAAAGCAAGACACCUAUAAUGAAGAAUUUUUUUUAUGUUGAAUUAUUUUCAAAGGACAAUGAUGAAAAGAUUCCAGGGCGGCCUUUCUUAAUAAAGGCGAAGUCUGAUUGUAUAACGAUACAGUGGCGACAUGUACCCAAAUUAUCCCCAGAAUUCGAAUAUCAAAUACAGUACAGAAAAAUGCCCGACGGGCGAUGGACUACCUACAACCAAAGGACACAUUAUGAUGAAUCACGAGCAACUAUUUUAGGCUUGAAGUCACUUUCUUCAUAUUCUUUCCGGGUCCGACUUGUAGAUACCAGAGAUGAAUUUGAAUACCCCGGGUAUCCCUUUAGCCCUGAAAGUGUUGAUUUUCAGACACCAGAAUCUCCAGCUUUGAGAAUACAGCGUCGUUCCAUUCUGGUGAAGCAUGGAAAUCCAGAAAUUUAUCGACUGCCAACAGAAGAGGUUCUAAGUGUCCGAAAUGACACAAUAAAAUCAAGAAAGCUUUCAAUAGGAGAAGAGGGGGUUGGCGUUCGCGAAAAAACAAUUAUGAUGGUUGGAGCAACCGGAUGUGGAAAGAGCACUCUUAUUGACGGAUUGGCAAAUUAUCUAUUUGAGGUGAAUUGGGAAGAUAAUUUUCGAUUUACGCUAGUAAGCCUUGAACAAGAGGAGAGGAAAAGACUUAAAGACCAGGCAGUUUCACAGACUGAAUGGAUUACUUGCUAUAGCAUCUAUCCUGAUGCGGCAACCAAGUUGGAUUACGCUCUGCACAUUGUGGACACUCCGGGAUUUGGCGACACAAGAGGACUGGAGCGGGACAAGGAAAUCUCCAAUCAGAUUGGAGAAUACUUUCGUUGUCCAGGAGAAAAAGGAAUGAAGUUCCUUGACGCCGUCUGCUUUGUAGUCAAAGCCCCAGAUGCACGGCUUACGUCAUCUCAGAAAUAUAUUCUGGACGCCGUUUUAUCGUUGUUUGGGAAGGAUAUAGAGAGUAACAUCUGUACCUGCAUUACGUUUGCGGAAACACAGGAACCCCCAGUGCUGGCAUCUCUUGCCAAGACAUGUUUGCCACAUGAGAAGUACUUUAAGUUCAAUAAUUCUGCUCUGUUUGCUAAUAACAAAGAUAGAAACAGUCUUGCCUAUGGUUUCUGGAAUAUUGGAAAGAAAAGUUUUGACCAUUUUUUUAUCUCUUUAAAUCAACUGGAAACGAGGAGUCUUCAGAUGACUAACGAAGUUCUGAAGACAAGACAAGACCUGGAGAAUACAGUGCAAAAUCUGCAGAACAUGAUAACCGCAGGAAUGUCAAAAAUAUCAAUGUUAGAGGAAGAAAAAAACAUUUUUACAAAACACAAAAAGGCCAUUGAGGAGAACAAAGAUUUUCGUUAUGAAGUCACUGAGCAGGUUCAGGAAAAAGAAGAUAUAUCCGGUAAAGGCCAACAUACAACAAAUUGUCUAAUCUGCAACUAUACAUGCCACGAAUCAUGCGCUAUUCGUGAUGAUUCACGCAAAGACCACUGUAUAGCUAUCAACACUGACGGAUUCUGUAAACAGUGUCCGGGAAAUUGCCACUGGAAGAAUCAUCAUAACAAUCCUUACAUCAUUAGGUGGGUUUCUAAAAAGGUUUCGAAAACAUACAAUGAAAAAUUGAGUAGAUACAAAUCUGCUACAGAAAAAGUGAGUACUCAGAAAGAGGUUCUGAAAAAGAUGGAGGAAACAAUAAAGGAUAUUGAGGACGUGAUUGUCUCUCUACUCGAUUCAAUUACAGCCUGUAACAACAAGCUGAAGAAAAUCGCUCUGAGUGAAAACCCAAAGAAUACAGCUGAAUACAUACAUCUAAUGAUGGAAGCUGAGAAGAGAGAGGCAAAACCUGGGUACCUUACCCGUAUGAGAGUGCUUGAGGAAUGUCGUCAAAAGGCAUUAGUCGACCAUAAAGCCAAAGACGUACUACAGAAAAUCAAGCAAACUAGAAUAAGCUCAUCUUCCAUGGACAGUGAAGAUUUUGGCUCCUUAACAUGUUUUGCAUCAUCUAUCGGUAAAAUGCAAUCACUCAUGCAUCUUGCUUAG